AGGAUACCGAACUCAUCGACAUCCUAUGGAAACAAGACAUUGACCUCGGUGUUGGUCGAGAAGUUUUUGACUACCACCAAAGACAGAAAGAAUAUGAGCUGGAAAAACAGAAGAAGCUUGAAAAAAGAACACCAGGAGCAGCUUCUGAAGGAGCAGGAAAAGGCCUUUUUUGCCAAAUCUACAAUUAGAUGAAGAGACUGGGGAAUUCAUCCCUGUUCAGCAGCCAGCACCCAUGGAGGCUGCAGCGGUCACAAGCUCCUUGCAGAAUAAGUUGGAUCUGGGCCAAGGACUGUCCUUUGAUGAAUGCUUGAAAAUUUUUGCUGAUACAUUCCAGUUGGAGGCACCUACAAUGACCUACCAUACAGCAAUUGCACCCAGUCCUCACAUAGAGGUCAAUCAGAACUUCCACCCUACAGAGCAACUUCCUGCACCAGAAACUCUGCAGAACACAGCCACUAAUGCAGAAAACAUGCAAGAAAUGGAACAGGUCUGGGAGGAGCUGCUGUCUAUUCCUGAGUUACAGUGUCUCGGCAAUCAGGUUGAUGGCUUUGCAGACCUGAGUAUGUAUCCAAAUCAAGAACCCCUUACAGAGACUGUACACAGUUACAUGUUUCACAGUCCAGUAUCCGUUAUGGAAAAGCCAGUAGAAAAUGCAGCACCUGUUUUCUCCAAUGACUUUGCAGGUUCCUUUGUACCCAAUGUGCCCACAGUAAACACAAACCAAACCUUUAACGUGGAAUCUUUUUGUGAUGACAUAUUUACCCUUAUUGACCCCAAAAUGACCAAUGUGCCUUUAACAGACAAUUCAGGCCAGUCACUCACUGAACUUUUAAAUGAACCUGUUGAUGAUAUUAAGGACCUUUCUAUGUGCAAAGCAUUUAAUGGGAACAAUCCAUCAGAUUACAAUGAUUCUGAUUCAGGAGUUUCAGUUGGCACAAGUCCAUGUGCUACAUCACCAGGGCAGUCUAUGAGCUCCUCUGUCUAUGGAGAUGCCCCUUUUGGAUACAGUGACUCUGACAUGGACGAUAUGGAUAGCACACCUGAAACCGUACAAGCAAAAAAUCCCACUGAAGAGUUCCCAAUGUCAAUCACAGAAGAUGCAUUUUAUUCACUCUCGCCUUUUGUACCACUUGAUGCAUCCUUUGAAACAGAAUCUCACAAUUCUCCAGAAACAGAGUUGCCUGUUAGGCCUGGUCACAGUAAGACCCCAUUUACAAAGGACAAAGCUUCAAGUCGCCAGGAGGCUCGUUUCACUAGAGACGAGCAAAGAGCAAAAGCUCUUAAUGUACCAUUCUCAGUCGAUACAAUUGUUAACCUUCCUGUGGAUGACUUCAAUGUUUUGAUGUCCAAGCACCAGUUUAACGACGCCCAACUUGCUCUCAUCCGAGAUAUACGCAGGCGUGGAAAAAAUAAGGUUGCAGCCCAAAAUUGUCGCAAAAAGGAAAAUGGAGAACAUUGUGGAGCUGGAGAGUGAUCUAGAUAACCUGAAGAACGAGAAAGAAAAACUACUCGCCGAGAAGGGAGAUUAUAACCACAGCCUUCGUCUUCUGAAGAAGCAGCUCGGUUCCUUGUACAUGGAGGUCUUCAACAAGUUGCGCGAUGAGGAUGGAAAACCAUACUCUCCUCGUGAAUAUUCCCUUCAACAAACAAAAGAUGGGAAUGUCUUCCUUGUUCCGAAAGCCAAAAAAAUAGAAGUUAAGAAAGAGCAGAUCUAA